GUGCGGAGACACAACUUCCGGAGGGAGGCGGAAGAGCUUCUCGGCUCCAAGCUCGGGAGUCCCGGGACGGCUGAGGGGCCACCCGGGGUACAGAAAAGGGCCGGCGAGGCAGGCCAGCAGCACUCGGGGUGUCGGGGCCGCAGGUCUGAGGGAUGAGGAGGGGCCAUGGCCAGCGACGGGGCCAGGAAGCAGUUCUGGAAGCGCAGCAACAGCAAGGUCCCGGGCAGCAUCCAGCAUGUGUAUGGCGCCCAGCACCCUCCUUUUGAUCCACUGAUGCAUGGCACCUUGCUCAAGGCCGCGCCCAAGGUGCCGACCACACCGGUGAAGGCCAAGAGAGUCAGCACCUUCCAGGAGUUCGAGAGCAACACCAGCGACGCCUGGGAUGCGGGCGAGGACGACGACGAGCUGCUGGCCAUGGCGACUCAGAGCCUCAACAGUGCCGUGGUCAUGGAGACGGCCCACCGCGUGCUGCGCAACCACAGCCAGCGGCAGGAGCGGCACCAGCGGCAGGACGGGCCCGCGGCAGAGCCUCCUCCCUCUCCCAGCGGUGACCUCCGGCUGGUGAAGUCUGUCAGCGAGAGCCACACGGCCUGUCCUGCAGAAAGUACCAGCAGCACAGUCCCUCUGCAGAGGUCCCAGUCUCUCCCACACUCAGCGACUGUUGCGCUGGGUGGCACAUCGGAGCCCAGUACCCUCAGCAGCUCAGCGUUAAGUGAAAGAGAAGCCUCCCGGCUCGACAAGUUUAAGCAGCUCCUUGCUGGGCCCAACACGGACCUGGAAGAAUUGCGGAAGUUGAGCUGGUCCGGAAUCCCAAAGCCAGUCCGUCCGAUUACGUGGAAGCUCCUCUCAGGUUACCUACCUGCCAAUGUUGACCGAAGACCGGCCACCCUCCAAAGAAAACAAAAAGAGUAUUUCGCUUUCAUUGAGCACUAUUAUGACUUUAGGAAUGAUGAAGUUCACCAAGACACGUAUAGACAGAUCCACAUAGACAUCCCGCGAAUGACUCCAGAGGCCUUAAUACUUCAGCCCAAGGUGACGGAGAUUUUUGAAAGGAUAUUGUUUAUCUGGGCGAUCCGUCACCCCGCCAGUGGAUAUGUGCAGGGGAUAAAUGACCUGGUCACUCCUUUCUUUGUCGUCUUCAUUUGCGAACACAUAGAGGAGGACGACGUGGGCACUGCUGACGUCUCGCGCGUGCCCGCGGAAGUGCUGCGCAACGUGGAGGCCGACACGUACUGGUGCAUGAGCAGGCUGCUGGACGGCAUUCAGGACAACUACACCUUUGCCCAACCUGGGAUUCAGAUGAAGGUGAAAAUGCUGGAAGAGCUCGUGAGCCGGAUUGAUGAGCAAGUCCACCGGCACCUGGACCAGCACGAGGUGAAGUACCUGCAGUUUGCCUUCCGCUGGAUGAACAACCUGCUCAUGAGGGAGGUGCCCCUCCGCUGCACCAUCCGCCUGUGGGACACCUACCAGUCUGAGCCCGAGGGCUUUUCUCAUUUCCACCUCUACGUUUGCGCUGCGUUUCUCGUGAGAUGGAGGAAAGAAAUCCUAGAAGAAAGAGAUUUCCAAGAGCUGCUGCUCUUCCUGCAGAACCUGCCCACAGCCCACUGGGGUGACGGGGACGUCAGCCUGCUGCUGGCUGAGGCCUACCGCCUGAAGUUCGCCUUUGCCGACGCCCCCAAUCACUACAAGAAGUGAGCAUGGGGCCCUCGCAGGCAGCAGGCCACUGCCCCGGGGCAGGUGCCUACCUGCCGGCCGGAUGCAGGCCUGCGGCCAAGGAGAGGCCUUGCUGGACGGCCUGGUCCUCCGGGGAGCGUGCAGGACGGUGCCAGGCGCGGUACGGGGCCUGGCGAAGGCGGGACUGCAUCUGUUUUCUGAGAUACCAAAGAGAGCCAUGGGGUCCCGGCCGUGUGGGGCCAGCGAGGGGCAGGCCCUCCCCUGUCCUGGAGCAUCCUUGCCAAAUGACCACCUCCUGCAGCCCCCAGCCCGUGGCCACCUGGGAAGCAGACCUCCCUGCAGAGGCCUGCUGGUGGGGCCGGGGCAGGGGAGGUGGUAGCCAUCUGUACCUACUUUGAAAUGCGAAAGUUCUGUUCUGUUGAGUGAAAGAGAAUAAAGACAAAGCAGUGAGGAGACUCGCACUAGCCUGGGAAGCUUCUCCCACGGGGCCUCACAGCAGCUGUCACCAUUUGGCACUUUAAUUUUGCUCUGCACUUUCUUGCUUUAAGCGGGGCUAGAAGCAGACCGGCUCCUCCGUGAGCCAGGCCUAGCGCCUGGGGCUCCGGCUGCCGUCGGCGGGGAGCAGCGAGGCCUCCAAACUGCCUCGCUUUCCCUCUCCAGCCUCGUAAGAGAGAAGCUGAGCCUGCUGGCCCUCCUCAGGUAACCCACGGGCGGGAGCUGUUCUGCGGGAAGUGAGGAGGAGCCCCGGCUCAGGCCGCAGAGCUGCCGCUCAGACAGAUGGGCACAUGGGGUUCAGUCCCCGUGGUGGCAGCUGUGAACCAGCUGUGCUCCUCCCAGCACUGGGGCUGGGGCACCCACAGCCCUGCCCCCCUCCCCAGGUCCCCCGUGUGAUGGACACGCGAUGGCUUCCUGCUGUUCAUUGGGCACUGGGGCAGCGAGCCUGCGUGCAGCAGGUCCCGGAGGACCCAGGCUUCCCACACGCUCCCCGCCUGCACGCAGAAGCAUCUGUCACGGGCGUGGGGCCCGUGUGACAUGGUCACCCCGGGGCCCAGGACAGGUUCCCGUCUUCCGCAUGCCCUGGUGCGUGUAGACUCCUGUUUACAGGCGUGUCUUCCCAGCCACGCGCCGGUCCUGGAGCAGCCAUGCCACAGGCCUGUCUGCACAGCUCAGGUGCGAGGACGCUGCCGGGAGGGACGUCCCAGCAGACGAUAGGGACACACAUGUGACGUGUGUGCCAUUUAUUUUUUCAAAAGAUCCUGGGGUUAUUACAGGUGGCAUGGAAAUCAGCACAAAAUACUGUGCAAAUGUCAUAUGCUCCCAAGUCAGCAGAGGGACCUGCCUGCCUCAGACCAGAUG